UGCUGAAUUUUUUUGGUGAAACUUUUUUACGGGUCCUUUUUUUAUUUUUUGACAAACUGAUGGCGUGAACUAGACUAACUUGUGCAGAAAACUAUCCGUCCCUUGCACAGAGUGUGAUUUGUUCUCUAACCUCUAGCAUUUUGUACGCAUGCGCCCUGAUAUGGCAACAGCUCUGUAAUCCGACCAAUUUAUUCAGCGUCGUGUUUUUUUUUUCUCUCGUAAAAAUCGUGGACUUUGUUUGUCUGUUUCAUUCACCAGAAAGGAGAUCAGUGACAAAAGUGAUUUGAAUCUGAUUUCAGGUGUCGUUCCUAUUUAAAGUUAAAGUUAUUGGAAAACUGUGGCGAUGUCGGAGAUUUUACUGACUCUAACUUUUGGCACAGCUUCGAUUCUCUUGCUCUUUUUGCUGUUCAGCAGGAGACGGAGAGCGGGAGAGCCUCCACUGAUAAAAGGAUGGAUUCCAUUUCUGGGGAAAGCUCUGGAAUUCAGGAAAGAUUCCUAUCAGUUUUUACAACAACUACAGAAGUGUCAUGGAGAUGUUUUCACUGUACUCAUUGCAGGUAAAUACAUGACAUUUGUGAUGAAUCCGCUUCUGUACCCAGCUGUCAUUAAGCAGGGGAAGCAGCUGGACUUCCAUGAGUUUUCAGAUGCAGCAGCUUCCACAACUUUUGGCUACCCUGCUGUACGCACUGUAAGGUUCCCUGGCUUGAGUGACAAAAUUCAGAAAUCAUUCCUGCUCCUCCAGGGCUCAUAUCUCAACUCUCUCAGUCGAAAAAUGAUGGAAAACUUACAGUUUGUCUUAAAACAAGAUUUCCUGUAUGCCCAAGCAGAAGGAAGAGCGAAUGACUGGCGGCAGAAGGACCUAUAUGAGUUCUGUGAACGUGUGAUGUUUGAGGCAACAUUUCUGACGCUAUAUGGACGACCCCCAAAAACAAACACGGAUGCACACUUGCAAAGGAAGAGUUGGAUGGAUACACUGUUGGAUAACUUUAGAAAGUUUGAUGCAAUGUUUCCUCUGUUAAUUGCUGGAAUACCCAUCGGUCUGCUGGGAAGAACCAAAUCUAUUCGGGAGCAAAUAAUUGGGUUUUUCCAUCCUCAGAGAAUGGCAGAAUGGACCAGUCCAUCAGAGUUCAUACAGGCACGUGUGGAGAUUUUCGAACAGUACGACACACUCGGAGACAUGGACAAAGCAGCUCAUCACUUUGCAAUUCUUUGGGCAUCUUUGGGCAACACUGUCUCAGCAUGCUUCUGGGGUCUAUACCACCUACUCUCCAGCCCAAAGGCAUUUUCAGUUGUGCGAGAGGAGAUUAUUGGCAUAUUUGGACCCAAGGAGCCAGAGUUGAUUCUUAGUCAGAACACACUGACUCAGGAGCAACUUGACAAACUGAUUUACCUUGAGAGUGCUAUUAAUGAAAGCCUCCGUCUUUCUUCGAUCUCAAUGAAUAUUCGGGUGGUUCAGAAAGAUUUUUGUCUGCAUCUGAACCCCCACUACUCAGUUAGUGUGCGUAAAGGAGACGUCGUUACUCUUUACCCCCAGAGCACACACCUGGACCCUGACAUCUACCCAAAUCCACAGGAGUACCAGUUUGACCGUUUUGUGGAGAAUGGGAAGCUGAAAACUGAAUUUUUCAAAGGCAAUCAAAAGGUCCGUUACUACCACAUGCCAUUUGGAUCUGGUGCUACUAUGUGUCCUGGACGAUUCUUUGCCAUUUCUGAACUAAAGCAAUUUUUGUCUAUCACACUGCUGAUGUGUGACAUGCAGCUCACUUCUGGUCAACAGCAUGCAACAAUGGACAAAUCCCGAGCAGGUCUGGGCAUAAUGUCACCUGCAAAUCGUAUCUUCUUUAGAUAUAGAGUAAAAAAAAACACCAUGUAGAGAUAGGGGCUGCAGAUGUGAGUGAGUCAAGGACUAUAUUAUAGGCAGUGGAGGUUAUGGGACAAUAAUAGCAGUCAUUCCACUUUCAUGAUAAUUCCAAACUUAGAUGGUGUUCAGGGACCAAAAUGUUUGAUCUAGAGCAGUGGUUCUCUGCUUCAGAACCCAAAUUCUACAUUGGACACUGCAGUGUUGGUAGAAUGAAACUGUGAAAGAAAAAAAAAAAAAAAAACUGUAGCAAAGACCAAAAAUCCCAGCAACCCAAAAAAUGAGUCUCACCAUAAGAACAAAUGAGUAAACCAGGGGUCAAUCCAACAUUUUCCCAGAAAACAUCAGGGAGACUUAUAUUUUUUUCACAUACUUACUUACUUCUUACCUACUUAACUUCAGCUUGCGUCAAAAACAUAGGCUUUGAGAUAUAUAUACUGAUUAUAAUAAGUUUUUUAAUAAACAUAUUCCUUUGUUUAAUCACACUUCAUUUGAUUUCAGCUGUCUACCAGCCAAGUCUAUUCAUCUACACUUAUAAACACAGAAAAGGAUUUAGGUGUAAAUUCUCUCAAUUAUUCACAUUAUUUUCAUUAUUUUCAGUGAAACUGUCAAAGGUAUUUUAUGGCAACAUUAUUAAUAUGGAAAUAUUGCUUGACCGUAUAUUGUUGUUAAAAUUAAUAAAAUAACAAAUUAGUAUGUGUUAGCUCCCACUCUGUUUUACAUCCUCUUCAGAUGAGCAUGUCACACUGUAUAUAAGUGUACAAAUCAGAAUUGAUAUAAUAUCUUAAUUGUUUUGGUAUAUUUCCUCAUUCCACUAAACUAAUUUUUGCUUAUGCCAUUGCUAGCACAACACAUGAAUCAGUUUUAGACAUGAGUGUCACUUACAACAGCUGUCAAGCCAGCUAUGGCAGAAACCGUGUGUGUAUGAAGUAUGAAGUAAAUAACAUUGAUUAUUGACAAUUGAUUAUUGAUAGUAACAUUGAUUAUGACAAUAAAACUUCUUGGCAUGA